CGUCCUGGUCCAAUCAGAGUGCGACACGUUGAAUUUUGCUCCCAAUUACUUGGAGCGAGUCAGCACCACGGGAUCACAUGUCAUGGCACAGUGGAACCUCACUGUCCUUCCACACACCCAACCAGCUACCGAACCAGCCACUGAAUCAGCUACCGCUACUUCUGCUGUGUCCCAAGUCAGCAGCACAUUUCCACAGAAUGCAAUGGACGGCCCAGAUUCGCCCUGCGUCCAUUCCAUCAACGGCCGCUGGCUGCUCAAUGAACAGACGCAAAACUACACGUGGCAGCUCUACCCCUGCGCACACCCCCUCCCUCCCACUUCCCAAUGGGUCUCCGCCCUCCAAUCCCGGGGCAUUUCCGAAAUCAACUUUGUGGGGGACUCUCACGUGCGAUUCCUCUUCCACCACCUCUACUUUCUCCUCACUGGCAAGGCCAAUGCUUCCACUUUUCAGUACCAUUGGGACAUUCAGUUGGUCGUGCCGCCCCCUAGCCCGGAGCUGCAGCCUCUGAAGCUCAACUUUUAUUGGAUCGGAGGGAUGUUUGUCAACGGGUCUUUUGGCUGCAG